UACUCAGUCUCUCUGUAACCACGAUUUUGAUCACUCAAGCGAUCUUAUCCAAAAAUUUGUAACAGAAUAUCCAAAAUCUCUAGAAAUACGGAAUAUUUCCUUUGUCGAGUGUGACCCUGACUGUUGAUGAGAUUUUAAUAAUAUUGUUAUUAGUUACGAUAAACUUUAUUUAUAAUUAAAUAUAAUUUUAUAGACUAUUCCUCGAAGUGAUCGCUCAUAGUGAAUACGUAAUUAUUUUAAUAACAGUAUUUUAAAAUGACAGAAAUAAAAAGUGUAAAUAGGAACGGAACAGCAUUGAACGUAAUUUUUGACAAUGGAUACGAUUUAACAUUCGAAAGUUGCUGGUUGAGGGAUCACUGCAGGUGCCACGAGUGUUACGAUCCAAAAACAAAUCUAAGGACUGCCCACAUUUUGGAUAUUCCUGAAGCUGAUAUUGAUGAAGCCGUGUGCAAGGAUAGGAAACUUAUAAUAAAAUGGUCAGACAGCCACGUAUCGAGUUACGAUGGAGACUUCUUAUCAGAAUUCAAUUACGAAACGUGGAGCAAGAGUCGGAGGAGUUCACCGAAACUCUGGCGGGGCGAUGAUAUCGUAAACAAAGUCGCUAAGGUCGCGGUCAAGAAAUUUCUUAACACUACUGAUGGAGCCUCAGCUGUAUUCCAGUCUUUACUGGAUUAUGGAGUGGCGUUUAUAGAAGAUGUCGAACCAAGUUUAGCAGCUACGGAAGUAGUGUGCAAGGCAUUAGGAGGAGUUCAGCAUACAUUAUUUGGUGGUAUGUGGGAGAUUAGCCCGGAACCAGGAAAUAAUGAUACAGCCUAUAUGAGUGUGGGACUACCACAGCACACAGAUCUUUCGUCCUUCACUGAGCCAGCUGGGCUUCAAGUAUUUCACUGUUUACGACACGAUGGUUCUGGUGGAGAGAGCGUUAUCUCAGAUGGAUUUUAUGCAGCAAUGAAAUUGAAGGAAGAAAAUCCUAAAGAUUUCGCUUUCCUGACCACAUUCAAGGCGGAGGCGGAUUACCAGUUCGAUGGUCAUUAUUUUAGACACGCUGCACCGAUGAUUGAACUGGAUCAAUAUAAUGAUGUUCGUCUAGUAAGAUUCAAUACGCAUGACCGAUCUUCUAUGGCAUUUGAAAGUGGCGAGCAGUGCAAAAAUUAUUACCGGGCAAUCAGGAACUUCGCUAAGCAUAUUGAAAAUAAAGAAAAUCUAUGGACAUUUAAAUUAAAACCAGGACUGAUCAUGGUCUUCGAUAACUUCAGGGCUUUUCACGGGAGAACUGAGUUUACAGGAAUGAGAGUUAUAGUUGGCAGUUACGUAUCACGUACUGAUUGGCUUGACAAAGCUCGAAGCUUCAAGCUUAUUCCGUAGUUAACUGUAUAAAUAUCUUGUGCCUAUUUUUUAUAUUGCAUGUGAAAAUUGGCUUACUAUUUAGUGUUUAAAGAACUUUAUUUUUCAAUACAAAAAAUAUAUUUUAUUUACAUAAGAACCCUAAUAUAUACUUACGAGAUACUCCUAAUUUUAAUCUACUAGACUCAUUCUCAUAUGUAUCUUUAAUGCCCUCUUGAAUUUGUUAAAUGCGCUAAUAUUACGAAUGUUAGAUGAAAAUUGAUUAAAUAGUUGCACAUUAGAUACCCAAUAGAUUCCUUCAAUUAAUUUAGGAAAACUCGCUCGACGAGUAUUGUGUGUAGUGUUGUGUUUGAAUUUUUUGAAUGAUAAGCUACUAUGGAGAGAAUUAUUUAAAAAAAAAUAAUUAAGAAACAGGUGCUAUAAACAUGUAGUUGUUUACACAUAAUUUUUGUUUCUUGGUAGAUUUUGUUAGUAUGUUAAGUGUGUUAAUUUUUUUUAAAGGAAGUGUUAAAAAGGAAUUAAUUUUGUAGUGUUAGCAUGUUAGAAAUUUUAUUUUGCACGCUGUACCCCAUAAUUCAAUUAGAUAUACGAAAUUAACUUUGAUAUGCAUCAAUUCUGUCCAGAGUACUUUUUUUAUUCUCAGUCAUAAAGACAAGGAAGUAGUGGCUGUUUGAUACCUUCUAUGUUCCUUGCAUCUUUAUAGCUCGUUAAAUCGACGAAAGUUUAAAUAGUUAUGAAACAAGUUUUUUAAUUGUUAUAAAUUAUACAGAGCAACUGAUGAUAUUAAUUUAACAAAUGUUUGACGUCCAAUAUAACGUGGAGUCAAGAAAGAUAAGAAUAAAGUAAGUCUGUGCCAGUUCUUGGUUCUAAGGCAUGCCGGUUACCUCGCGAUGUUCUUCUUCACCGUAUGAGCGAGUGUUAAAUGCGCACAUAGACAGAAAGUCCAUUGGUGCAUUAAAUGGGCUCGAACCUACGAACUCAGAUAUGAGAAUCACACAUUGAAGCCACUGCUUUGCAAUAUUUGUUUAUUUAAUGUAAACCAUAUGUAAACAUAGGUACUAAGCACUCCUCGUAUAUAGUAAAGGUGCAGAUCCAAUUACAGGGCAACACGGCUUACGCUUAAUUAGACACAUUGAGACUUUUCGCGAACUCCGACAGACAGUCUCUGCACCCGCCUUGAAUAAGCAAGUCACUGACUCGCUUUAACAGCCUCGGCCGGGAUGCGGCUGCAUGCACCCAGGUUUUACACGGUGUGUCCACCCCGAAGACCACAAAAAGUCUGUGGAGUUCUUGACGUACUCAAACAGUGAUACUGUCUUAGCCCAAAUUAGUUCUGGAAUCCCUAAACAACAAAUAUUUGGCGAUAACAUGAAUUACCACAUCUAGGAAGGCACAUAUUGAUGUUUGAUAUAAUUACCGGGCAAUAAUACAAAUUAUUGUCAACUUUAAACAGAAUAGCUGAUCCGCAAUUUAGCUUCGAUGCCAGUCUCAUUAUUUUAAAAUAACCUAUCGUAGUAUGAAUUAGGAUUAUGUAACGUUCGAAUACCACAUCAACCGAAUUGUUCGACUUGAAUCGAUUUGAUUGAUAUAGUAUCGGUAGAAUUCCAAUAAAGGCAAUUUUUAAGGUCGAAGCAUUCCUAAAACAUUUACGAUUUCUUGAACAAAUCCAAGUAACCUAAAUGCUCUAUUUAUCACUAAGAUAAUUCGAAAAACGCUUAACAUGUUACGAUGCAUUCCAAAAGAUGCAAGUACAUCUUAUUAAUAAGCAGUAAGUGGAACACCACUCUGCCUUGCUUAAGCUUCUAUGUAAAAAAAUGAUGCUGGGUAUUUAAAUAUAAUCGAUUAGUAUACCUUUAAAAUUUUAUAAUGUUUAUAGAUAUCAUGUUUUGAAUAUUAUGAUAUUU